GAGUGUGUGACCAGAAAAAAAAACAAAAAAAAAACGGACGCCAGUUUUGUUUCAACGCGGAAAGGAGUUUAUUUGUGUUUUAAUUCAUUUGUUUUUCUUCCAUUAUAUGUGCAAUUUACGUGUUUUUGCGUUAUGUCACAUGCCUUGGGCUCCAUUUGGCGAGAUAAUGGAUAUGUUUUAAUGAUAACAUCAAGCUGUCAGAUCACUAGGACGCACAAACUGGACGCAAUAAUCUGUCUCAUUAAUUAUAGAUUUUUCUGGUGAUGUGGAAAAAGGGGAGAUAAAAUAUCACACCACUGUGCAGUUAUGCCACUGACGAUGAGUUUAUCCCCAGCCGCUGUGUGUCAGUGCUUCACGCUGGUGUCCCUCUGCACCUCCAUCGCCGACCCGAACUGGAUCCAGGUGCAGAACAGUACAGACACGAACCAGCUCAUUUACGGAGUGGCUUUUACACUACAUGCUGCACAGAACCACUCCGACACCGCUCCUUUAGGUGGAAUGCAUGGACUGGGCAUGGAUUUGCUCUACACACUCGCUGCUCUGUGCUACAUCGCCGUUCUUCUCUCCAGCUCCUCCUUCUUAGUGGAUUUCCUCAGAAUCGGGUUCACUCGCCCCAGGCUGGUCGUGUCACUUCACAUCUCCACAGCCGUGAUGUGCGUGGCGGUCCUGGCCGUGAGUGGGAUGUGUCUCUGGGUGAUCCAGCAGAAUGUGCAGAAAGGGAGAGUGGGCUGGGUUCGGAAAACAGCCUCGGCUCCAGCCAGCAGACUGAUCACCGCGCCUGGAGAGAGUUUUUACAUUGAGAUCCUGGCUCUCUUCUUCUCCAUUGUGGCUGCUAUCUUCAGCUGUCGCUGUCCUCCAGGGUCUGACGUUCCACCUCAGUUCGAAUCGGCGGAGUAUGAGGACCAAGAGAGGCAGUGUCUCAUCGCCGACCCGGGACAUGACUCAGACGAGUGGGACGACUGAUUAGACUUCGCAUAUCAGACCGUGUGCUUCGUUAUAGUGGAUAAAGAACACAAAGCUAACUGCUGAAUAUGUUCAGCACUAUGUUAUGUUUUUGAUUAUUAUUGUUGUUUUUAACAAAGAAUAACCAGGACCCUUUUACACAUAUAAAUGAAGUCCUUAUUACUCAUAAACCAGAAAAAUCAAAACAAACCAUCACAUAAUCUGUUGUUUAAUCGCUUUAUUUUGUAAGCAAAAAAAACUGAUGGGCUUGCUGUUAUAGGAAAUUAAUUAGCGGGGCAAAGUGUCUGUUAUCCUCUGGGUUGUUUUUCUGUAACAGUUUGUCCUGAAGUUUAUGUAAGUGUAUUAUAUUAAGUUUAUAUAAAUGUAAUGCUGUGGAACUGAAGAGUCUCAAAAACAGAUUAGUUUCUUUUACCACUCUUAGCCUCUCUCUCUCUCUCUCUCUCUCUCUCUCUCUCUCUCUCUCUCUCUCUCUCUCUCUCUCUCUCUCUCUCUCUCUCUCUCUCU